AUGACUCAACUAUUUCGUUCACAAAAUCCUGGUAUUGCAACAGCAACAAAUGCAGCAGGACAACCUGGUGCACCAAAUGGUGGUAUGCCACCACAACAAGCAUUACAAUUACAAUCGCAGCAAUUUUUGGCAGCACAACAAGGUGCUGCAUAUGCAGCAGCACAACAAGCUGCUGCAGCUGCUGGACCAUAUGUUAUAAAUCCAGGACAAGAAGGUGCCCCAUAUAUGGGUUUAAUAACAGCACAAAUGCCCCAAUAUUAUGGAGUAACACCAUGGGGUAAUACAAUGGUUUAUCCUGGUGUAAUACCACAACAAGGUUCACAACCACGUAGACCUCUAACACCAUCACAACAAGGUGCUGAAAAUCAAUCAUUUCAGGUUAUACCAGCAUAUUUUGAUCAAAGUGGUUCAUUAGUAAUGGGACCAAGAACAGGUACACCAAUGAGAUUAGUUAGUCCAGCACCUGUUUUGGUUCCACCGGGAGCAACAAGAGCGCCGCCACAAGCGCCUCAAAUGUAUCCACCACAGCCACAAACGGCACAACAAAAUAUGUAUUCAACACAGAAUGGUUCAAGUGUUGGAGGUGGCGGGUUAUUAGCACCCCAAGCUUUUAGCAGUGGUCUUGGUACCUUGGGGAGCCCCGCACAACCUUCAGGUCUUGCUUUAAAUACAUCAUCAUUAACUGGACGUCGAGAUUCAUUUGAUCGUAAUACAUCUGCCUUUAGUCCUUCAAUAGAUUACAGUAAUAAUGCAGCUGCAGCUGUAGCUGCUGCAACGGGUGGAAGUUCAGCUGUAUCAUCAUCAGCAGCAGCUGCAGCAGCAGUUGCAGCAGCCGCACGGAAAUGGCCUGGAAAUUACAGCACUCUCGGUGCUGUAACAACCGCUUCAGCCAGUCCAAUCGGCGCACCAUUAACGCCUCCACCAACUCAAAUGAUUACAAAUCGUGCUCCAGGUGCUGAAACACAAAAAUAUCGUGGCGUUAACCAUUUAUCAGCUCUAUCUACCGCAAACACAAUGUUUGGUUCAAGUAGCUCUUUAUUUUCAAAGCAUUUAUCUCUCUCAUCUGCAGCUUCAGCUGCUACUAAUCCAAGUAUGGCAGCUUUAGCAGCAACAGCUGCCUUACGCCCUGGAAUAUUGCCAACAACUGGACAAGUACCUGGCGUCGUGUGUGGUACUGCUAGCUCAAAUGCUGGUGCUGGAGUAGCAGGAGCUGGAGGAAUAAAUGGUGCAGCUGGAGCUGGUGCUGCAGAUCGUUCAAGAUCCCGUCUUUUAGAAGAUUUUCGUAAUCAAAGAUAUCCCAAUUUGCAAUUACGUGAGUUGACAAAUCACAUCGUGGAAUUUUCGCAAGACCAACAUGGUUCAAGAUUUAUACAGCAGAAAUUGGAGCGUGCAACAACAGCAGAAAAACAAAUGGUUUUUAAUGAAAUUUUGGGAGCUGCCUAUAGUUUGAUGACAGAUGUUUUUGGCAAUUAUGUUAUUCAGAAAUUUUUCGAAUUUGGUACACCCGAGCAAAAGAGUACAUUAGCUAAUCAAGUUAAAGGACAUGUUCUUCCAUUGGCGUUACAAAUGUAUGGCUGUCGUGUUAUACAAAAGGCCCUAGAAAGCAUUUCAGCCGAACAACAAAAAGAAAUUGUUCAAGAACUAGAUGGGCAUGUUUUGAAAUGUGUCAAAGAUCAAAAUGGAAAUCAUGUUGUACAAAAAUGCAUCGAAUGUGUUGAACCAAGCGCAUUACAAUUUAUUAUUAAUGCUUUUAAAGGACAAAUUUAUUCAUUAAGCACUCAUCCGUAUGGCUGCAGAGUUAUUCAACGUAUUUUAGAACACUGUACACCAGAGCAAACUCAACCGAUUCUAGAUGAAUUACAUGAACACACUGAACAAUUAAUACAGGAUCAAUACGGAAAUUACGUUAUACAACAUGUCUUGGAACAUGGCAAACCAGAAGAUAAAUCUAUUUUAAUUGCUGGAGUUCGCGGGCGUGUUUUGGUAUUAUCACAGCAUAAAUUUGCAUCAAAUGUUGUUGAAAAAUGUGUCACACAUGCAACGAGAGCUGAAAGAACCCAACUAAUUGAUGAAAUUUGUACUUUCAACGACAGCGCAUUGCAUGUCAUGAUGAAAGAUCAAUACGCAAAUUAUGUUGUUCAAAAAAUGAUUGACGUUUCGGAACCAACACAACUGAAAAAACUAAUGAAUAAAAUACGACCACAUAUGGCUGCAUUACGAAAAUAUACUUAUGGAAAACACAUAAACGCAAAAUUAGAAAAAUUCUUUAUGAAAUCAGCAAACCCUGUAGGUACGGCGGCAGCUGCUGCAGCUGCGGUUGCUGUAGCGAAUGCUGGAUCGCUAACUGGAUCACAAGGCAAUUCAGUAACUGGUGGAUCUGUUGUAACAACUACAGUUGUAAACUCAACUAUAUCAACAUCAUCUAGCAUGGAUACUAACGGUCCUGCGUCUUCGACAGUUUCCUCAACAAUAUCUGCAACUAAUAAUACUAAUGGAGUCACAACAUCUGGUAAUAGUAAUUCAACUAAUAAUGGUUUAGGUCCUAUUGGUCCUCCAACCAAUGGUGUUUUGUAAAUCUCAAAGGAAAGUUAAAGUUAUAAUACAAAAUUUUUUUAAUCUUUUUUUCUUAAAAUUUUUGUAUGUAAACAUAAAUAAAGUUCUGGUAAAAUAUAAGAAAGGAAAAAAAAAUGAUGAAAAUGAAAGUUUAACACAAAAAAUUCUAAUAUACAUAUUUAUUACAAAAAAUAAAUAAUUAUAAUAUAAAAUGAAUGUUAAACAUAUUUGAUAAGAUUUUUGAAAUUCUUGUGUUAAAAUCACAUAUUAAUUGAACCUUUAGGUUUCUUCCUUUAGAAAACAAAAACA